GAACAGAACCCAUCACAGACAUAAUAUAAUGGCUCUGGCUCCUAAAUUCUCAGGGCAGAAAUUGACGGCCCUUACAGCGCAGCAACCCCAACAUACACUAGAACUUUACCUUGACUACGUUUGUCCUUUUUCGGCAAAGCUAUUCGGAACUUUCUACAAUUCAGUUCAACCCGUCAUCGCUGAAAGGUAUCAACCUCGACUCCAGGUUAUUUUUCGCCAGCAUAUUCAGCCCUGGCAUCCAUCGUCAACACUCACCCACGAAGCUGGGGCGGCGGUCCUGAGGCUAGCCCCGCACAAAUUCUGGGAAUUCAGCGCCGCCUUGUUUGCGAAUCAAAAGGAAUUUUUCGACGUUAACGUUGUCAACGAGACGCGCAACAGAACGUACGAGAGACUUGCCAAGAUUGGAGAAAGUGUUGGUGUGGACAAGGAUAAAAUCCUAGAAUUGCUGACAGUAUCUGGGAAAGCUGAUGAUGAAGGGAAUCUGAACACCGGUAACAAGGUUACCAAUGAUGUCAAAUUAAUGGUCAGGGCAGAUCGAGUGGUUGGAGUUCAUGUUUCUCCAACCGUGUAUUUCAAUGGUAUUGAAGAAUCAGGAAUCAGCAGUAGCUUCACCGCUACUCAAUGGGAGCAAUGGCUGGCCAAAAAUGUGAUUUAGAGCCC